CGCGCGCGUGUCGUCUACCCUCCUCCCCUGUAGUAUAUUACAGACUGAGUGGCGGGACGUGUUCAUUCUACUGGCGGGAGUUUCAACCGAAUUAACACUUUCUGUCCUGGAAUGCCAACUUUUUUACUUUAUCCUGUUUCUCCACAGGAGUUUUACUUUAAUGUUAGUCACCGUUCACGCCUGAGAUUCCCUCAGUUUUAAUGACCUCAGUAUUACAGUUCUAACAUCUAACCUGCUAAACUUUUAGCAGCUAAAGAGUUUCCUCAGUAACCGAAACUGGAUCUUCUCUCCCAUGGAUUUAUCCUCACCAAAGAAGGCUUUAUAAAGGAAAUCCCAAGGCAUUGUAACCCUCCAGGGUGGAAGAUGACCAGCACUUUAUCGGACAGCCGACAGUUGAACCAGAAAUUUGAGGCUGUUGCUCAUGACAAGAAGACGGCAGUGAUUGCGGAGCCACAGACGCAGUUCACGGUUUCUCAGGAAGCUAAGAGGAUCAUGGGACCUUUGUCUACACCCACGAAGGGGUCCGAGGCGGCGGGAGGAGAACCGUGGACGCCGACGUCCAACCUGAAAAUGCUGAUCAGUGCGGCGAGUCCUGAAAUACGCAAUCGAGAGAAAGAGAAGACCGUCAGCGAGGAAACGGAGAACUCCUCUCAGGACACCGAACAAGGAGAAGAGUCAGAGAGGCUGCACCUCAGCCGCAAGGAGAAAAGCCUCGGACUGCUGUGUCACAAAUUUUUAGCUCGUUAUCCGGAUGAUCCCAAUCCAGCUGUAAACAACGACAUCUGCCUCGACGAUGUUGCCGUUGAACUGAAUGUGGAACGGCGGCGUAUUUACGACAUCAUGAACGUCUUGGAGAGCCUGAACAUGGUCAGCCGUCUGGCCAAAAACCGCUACACGUGGCAUGGCCGUGCCCAACUAGCACACACGCUAGCACUGCUGCAAAGAGAGGGAGAGAAACACCACUACAACCAGCAGAUCCAGCAGAUACGACAAAGACACGCAGAUGACGUGCUGGAGAUGGACGGAGAGGAGAAAGAGAACGAGGACACGGAUCUAGAAAUCGCACUGAGGGAGACGGUCUUAAGUGAAACCUCGGCAGACGCUAAAGGGGCCAGCCGUAAGGACAAGUCGUUGCGUGUGAUGAGUCAGAAGUUUGUCAUGCUCUUCCUGGUGUCCAGUCCCCGUGUAGUGAGCUUGGAAACCGCCGCCAAGAUCCUGAUAGGAGAAGACCAGGUGGUGGACCAGGACAAGAGCAAGUUCAAGACGAAGAUCCGUCGUCUGUAUGACAUCUCGAACGUCCUCAGCAGUCUUAAGCUUAUUCAGAAAGUGCACGUGACUGAAUUACGAGGACGAAAACCGGCGUUUAAAUGGACCGGACCAGAGAAUCUGUCCUUACAGGGUUUGCAGGUCGAGCCGUCGUCUUGCCCCGGGCCCCUCGAAUCCCGCUCGUCUAUAGAUAACUGCACCAAAAACCUAUUCUGCUCUCCCGGCACUAAGCGAGGCUUCACCAGGCAUCAUUCACUCGUCAAACUGGCCAAAAGCAUCCAGGACGAUCGCAGGAAGAUCAGCUCUGCUCCAACAAGCCCUGUUAAAAUCACCAGCGAUUCAGCUAACGGACGAUUCUGUACGAGUAAAAUGGAUCACCUCGCUGAGAUCUGUAAAAUGCAGCUAGACCAGCAAGCUGUGAACGUUCAAAAGCAGAGGGAUCAGAAAGACGAAGAGAAAAGCUCGCCUGUUCCCCGCGCGAUGACGUCCGGGGUGGAGGCUUGUCCCCCGACGGUGCAGUUAUCGUUUGCUCCUCCUCCUCAGUGCUGCUCUCUCGUUCCUGUGCUGCUUCCUCAUGCUGUGUACGUCAGCCACACCCCUGUCCGCCCUCGCCCCGUCGCCAGGCCUCCGCCCUCCACCGCUGUGCGCUCCAUGACCUUCGAAAGUCCCAGAGGAGCAAACAGGAACGUGUCGCCAGCGUCUUUAACGAUUACGAACCAGAGGUUGCUCCACGGUUACGAGCCGGCAAGUCCGGCCCUGAAACGGACGUGUUUAGAAAGUUCAGAAAGAAGUCCGGCUAAGAUCAAACGGAUCGAGACAAACUCAAAGAGCUUGUCCCCUAAGCUGUGCAAGAUCCUCCAGGCUCGUCUGAAAGAUAGCAGAGGAGCCCUGACUUCCAGCCGUGCCUCAGCGAGAGCUCUGCACCUCGAACCUGAAUUUAACAAAACACCCCAUAAUAAUCCCAACACGCUGGAGCACAACACGGAGCUGCAGCACUUCCUGGAGACGGAGGAGCGGGAAGAGAAAUCACAGAACCGCACCCAGGCCACGCCCACUCCACAGGACUCGAACGGACACACGGAGACUCUGAUCCCCACAGGUUAUUUGAUUCCAAUUUCCCAGCAGCCGCUGCUUAGCUUUAAGGAGACUCCGACCUCCAGCGGAGAUGCACAUAAAACUCCGACAUACAUCUAUCACACACCAACUGCAGGUUCGAUAACCCCUUCACCUCAGGAGUUCACCCCAUCUCCAUUACCUGUCCAUCGCCCCACCCACCGGGUCAGCCCGAACCCCUCCAUUCUCAACUUCACCCUGCAGAACCUCGCUCUGAUCCACAACACGCACGGGGCCACACACAUUGCGCCAGCAGUGGAGCAGCCCAGCCCCAUCCCCUGCACCCACACGCAUACACACACAUCGCUCCAAUCACACAGCAUGAUCUUCAUCAAGCCCGUCUCGCCGCUCACACUCAUCAGCCUGCAGCAGCCUGCCCUGACCACACCCAAAAGUGGCUCCGCCCCUCAGCAGUGCUUUUUCCACACACCAGUCUCCACUAUGGUCACGCCUACUGCCAGUAAGAGCCUGUACAUCCCUCAGAGGAAGCUGGACGUGAACUCGGAGGAGCACUGAGAUCAUCUACCAGUCACCACUAAUAACGUCUAAGCUGUGUACAUGGCUGUUUAAUUAUCUGAAUGUUUUGUAGCUUUGGCUUUACCUUUAUGACUUACUGGUCCUGAUUUUUCACUUGGACUGUAUUGGAAAAACAGAGCCAUGUAUGUAUGUAUGUAUGUGUGUCUGGAUGGAUGGAUGGAUGGGUGGGUGGGUGGAUGUCCAAAUAAACUGAGCAAACUUGAUCUUUGCAUUGAGGGGCUAGCAUCUCUCUCUGGUUAGCAUUCUAAAAAUACACAGCUGCAUCAAAAAUGUAUAAAGAACAUUUGUGUGUUUGAUUCAACGAAUAAAUUUGAGUCUUGUUGGGAA